GCCAAAAAUAAAACUCCACGCCUGGUAUCACUUUCAAGUCACGUCUUUUCAUCACAAGCUCUCUUAGAUUCACUUCAAACCAUUUAAACUAACCAACUUCCACAAGCUUUCUUUUCAUGUAUUUCUUCUUUCCUCAGAGACGAAUCCAGCUUUAGACUCUUGCGACUCCUUGAGCCUAGUUUUGAACUGGGUUUGUGUCAAAAUGAAGUUUUGGCUUGUUGGGUUGUUAAGAGCGGCGUGGGUUGCUGGGACAUUGCCUAUCAUCAUUGCUUCUAUACCAAGUUCCCGCCUCCGUUCGUUUCAUGAAGCUUUGAUGGGGUUUGCUAAGAGAGGGAAGAUCAUGCAUUCAUCUUCUAAUAAAUUCACAGUUCCUCAGAGAUUCUUCUGCCAUUUCUAUGUGGUGGCUGUGGUUUGGACAACCCUCUUGCUUUGUACAACAUGGUUAUAUGCUUAUAAAAUGGCACCAUUGGCUUCUGAGCCAUCUCUUUACUCUACUUUUGCAAGCCACUUCACGGGAGGUUCACAUAUCUUGUAAUUUCACAAGUCUCGUUUAAUGCCAAUAAAGCAUAGGUAUGGGAUUUGGCGGUCAGUCCUCCUUCUCUUGCUGAUGGAAAUUCAAGUCUUGAGACGCCUUAUAGAGACGGUGUAUGUGUUUAAGUAUAGCCCUUCAGCUCGGAUGCACAUUUUUGGCUAUCUAACUGGCAUGUUUUUCUACACAGCAGCUCCAUUGUCGCUCUGCUGCAAUUUGGCACCAGAGUUGUUUAGAUUUGUAGCAGAUCUCUUGGUUGAGUUUAUCGUUAGAGGAAAGAGCUAUAGCCAUGGCCAUAGCCAUAGCCAUAGCCAUAUGCCAGCAUUUGAAUUUGAUUUGUUGGGAUCUGUGAAUAAUCUUCUGAAGCUUAGAUGGCUUCAAUGGAUCGGUGCUGCUAUAUUUCUAUGGGGUUGGACGCAUCAACGUCAUUGUCAUGCUAUUCUUGGCUCACUGCGAGAACAAGCAGAAUACAACGAUGAGUAUGUAAUUCCUCAUGGAGAUUGGUUUGAAAUUGUUUCAUCUCCCCACUAUCUGGCUGAGAUUGUUAUAUAUGCUGGUCUGUUGGUGGCUAGUGGAGGAACAGAUCUCACCAUAUGGUUGCUUUUUGGCUUUGUGGUGGCAAAUCUUGUAUUUGCAGCAGCUGAAACACACAGGUGGUAUCACCGUAAAUUUGAAAAUUACCCAAGCAACCGGUGCAACAGUUAGAAGAAAUGGAAGAAAGUGAGAGAGAUGAGGGUGGAUCAUACCAGCACAAUCAAAAUGGCGAUAGCCAAU